AGUGCCUGAAGUGGUAGAAUGCCUGCCUAGCAAGCAUGAGGCCCUGAAUUCAAACCCCAGUACUGCUUAAAGAAAAAAAAAAAAGGACUGACACAUAGUGGGUCCAGUGAGUAUAGCCAAGGUGACAUUGAUUUUAUGAGAAAGCCAUCACUCUCUGCCUAAGGAGCUCAUCUCCUACCCAGUCUGUCUGGUUUGAAAGAACACCUUUGGGGUCAGAGAGCACUGCCCUGUGUUGGGCAGUGUUGACUGCUGCUUCACCCACUCAGCUGCCUCCCUACUCACUGAUUGCAAGAGCGUGGACUCCUUGGCCCACUCACCUUUCCCUCAUACCCUGAUGAACUGGCCCUGAGGCUGCCUGUGCAGACCCACAGGGCAGUAGCAGACCAAUGAGCCAGGAAAAGGUGCUAGACAUGCAACCAGGGUGACUUCCAACCUGGCCUCUCUGACAGUACAUCUCUCCCAUUCACUGCUGGUCCAGGUUACCACCCAUGGCUGGCUUUGGCCAGGCCCUCACCAGGUAGAAGUUUUUUUCCUGUCUGCCCAGGCAGCUCUGUUCCCUGACUGCGACUUGGGCCUCCAUGGCUGCCAGGGGCUGGAUUGCACUCCCCCCACAAGACUCCUCAGCCCAAGAGAAUACCUAAUGGGGACAUGGGUGUCCCUGGGCUCUCUGGAGGCAUCACCACUCAGUAAUUCCAGGUUUCCUGCCCUUUCCCAAGUGUAGGGGAGUUGUGGGCAGAGGAACCUCAUGCCAGUGGUCUGGGAAAGAGGAAAGGGCAGUGUGGAGGUGAGCAGGUGAAAGAAGCAGGGCUCAGGAUGGUAAGUGAGGCCAAGUGGAGCAAGGGUGGUACCCAUGCCUCCUGCCUCCCUGCAAGAGGGAACUCCAAUUAGUUGGUGCUUGGAAUUGUGUGCCUUAGCACCCCCCCACCCCCCAAGCAUUAGGGCCCCUCAGCUGCAUAGCUGGUGGACAUCAUCUGGAAUGCCCCUACUCUGUCCUUUCAGAAACAUGAGACAGUGCCUUCUAGAACCAGAAAGUUCUUAGAGAUACAGAUGUACACACCUGAAAUCCAGAAGGCUCCUCUUUGGCCCAAGGCUCUUGCUUGGUCCCCCUGAGCAAAGACAGAACACUCCUCCCUGUGGGGCUGACUCCAGUUCUCUGAGGCCUGGUUUCUUCAGGGCCUUUGAUCCCUGAGCCAGACAUCAGACCCUCCCCAUUUUAUGUUCCACCCUCAGCCUGGCCCUAAUGCUGGGUCUGGGGCUCUUACCUGGUCUGAGUUUCUUAGCAGAGAGCAUCAUUUUAUUUCAUAGCUUGCUUUGUGCUGUGUCCUGGGAGGCAAGCCUUACAGUCUGCAUAGGCAGACCCCAACUCCCAGCUUGAUCUUUUCCAUUAGCUUCUGGUAAGGGAGGUAAAGCCUUUUAUGCCCCAGGGUCUGGAUUUUGGUGCCUGGGCAGGGGAAGUACCUCCUAUCUAGGACUCCUGAGGCAGCCUGGGUACAGAUGGGGAAGAGUGUCAGCUGUCUGCAAAUUCCCUAGUACCCACCAACACUGUGUUCAUGGAGGCCAGAGGCCAAGGUUACCCUCAUCCCAAACGCCUAAGUGUCCCUUCUCUGCUCACUGGACACAGAUGGGCUGCAGCCUGGCCCAGCUCUUGAUGCUUCUGGUCUGUGUGCCCAACAGCCACCAGCCUGCCCCUGGCAUGGAGACCUUCUUUAGGAGACACUUCCAGCAGAAGGCACCAGGCCCUGGAGAGGGGAAGUGGCGGCCCAGUGGUGUAGGGCUGCCCACAGGCAAGGCCCGGCGCCGCUCCCCAGCUGGGCAGGCCUCCUCAUCGCUGGCCCAGAGGCGCCGCUCCAGUGCCCAGCUCCAGGGAUGCCUCCCAAGCUGUGGAGUGGGCAUCUGGAGUACCAGCCGCCGGCGCUCCAGCACUGCACCCCCUGCCUGCAACCCCCGCUUUGUCGUGGAAACGAUGCCCACCCUGCAGCCUGCUGUGGGUGGGACUCAACUUCUGGAUGCACCUCUGCUGUUGGCCAGGCUUGUGGGCAUGGAGGAGGAGAAAGAGAAGGAGGGGGAUAUGGCAGCUGGGGCAUCGAGUGCUGCCCAGACAGGCACUAGGACACCAGGGCCCUCCCCACACCGGCCCACUCGGCCACUGCUACCCAUGCCCCGUUGCCUGCGCCGAGCCUCUUCUCGCCUGCUCCCUGCCGAUGUGGUGUAUGACCACACUCUCUGGGGCCUACAUGGCCACUAUCGGCGCCUUAGCCAGCAGCGGUCCUCAGGCCAGCACCUUGGCCCUGGGGGCCAAAGAGCCUCAGGCACCACAGUGGGCCCCCUGAUACCUCCCCGUGUGCGCCCACUGUCCCGCAGACGCCAGGUAGCCCUACGGCGCAAGUCAGCUGGACCCCAGGCUUGGAGUGCCCUGCUUGUGAAAGCCAUCACCAAAUCGGGCCUCCAGCACCUGGCACCCCCUCCUCCUGCCCCCGGGGCCCUGUGUGCUGAAUCUGAGCGGCAGAUCCGGAGUACUGUGGAUUGGAGUGAGUCAGCAACGUAUGGGGAGCAUAUCUGGUUCGAGACCAACGUGUCGGGUGACUUCUGCUAUGUUGGGGAGCAGUACUGUGUAGCCAAGAUGCUGCAGAAGUCAGUAUCCAGGAGAAAGUGUGCAGCCUGCAAGAUUGUGGUGCACACCCCCUGCAUUGAACAGUUGGAGAAGAUAAAUUUCCGCUGUAAGCCAUCUUUCCGUGAAUCAGGCUCCAGGAACGUCCGCGAGCCAACCUUCGUACGACACCAUUGGGUACACAGGCGACGCCAGGACGGCAAGUGUCGGCACUGUGGGAAGGGCUUCCAGCAGAAGUUCACCUUCCACAGUAAGGAGAUUGUGGCCAUCAGCUGCUCCUGGUGCAAGCAAGCCUACCACAGCAAGGUGUCCUGCUUCAUGCUGCAGCAGAUCGAGGAGCCCUGCUCUCUGGGGGUCCAUGCAGCGGUGGUCAUCCCCCCCACCUGGAUACUCCGAGCAAGGAGGCCCCAGAAUACCCUGAAGGCGAGCAAGAAGAAAAAGAGAGCCUCCUUCAAGAGGAAAUCUAGCAAGAAAGGGCCUGAGGAGGGCCGCUGGAGACCCUUUAUCAUCAGGCCCACCCCAUCUCCCCUCAUGAAGCCCCUGCUGGUAUUUGUGAACCCCAAGAGCGGGGGCAACCAGGGCGCUAAGAUCAUCCAGUCCUUCUUGUGGUAUCUCAAUCCCCGACAAGUCUUUGACUUGAGCCAGGGAGGGCCCAAGGAGGCGCUGGAAAUGUACCGCAAAGUGCACAACCUGCGGAUACUGGCAUGCGGGGGCGAUGGCACAGUUGGCUGGAUUCUCUCCACUCUGGACCAGCUGCGCUUAAAGCCACCGCCCCCUGUUGCCAUCCUGCCUCUGGGUACUGGCAACGACCUGGCCCGCACCCUCAACUGGGGUGGAGGUUACACAGAUGAGCCCGUGUCAAAGAUCCUCUCCCAUGUGGAGGAGGGGAAUGUGGUGCAGCUGGAUCGCUGGGACCUCCGUGCUGAGCCCAACCCUGAGGCAGGGCCUGAGGAGCGAGAUGAGGGUGCCACUGAUCGGUUGCCCCUCGAUGUCUUCAACAACUACUUCAGCCUGGGCUUUGAUGCCCACGUCACCCUGGAGUUUCACGAGUCUCGAGAGGCCAACCCAGAGAAAUUCAACAGCCGCUUUCGGAACAAGAUGUUCUAUGCCGGGACAGCCUUCUCUGACUUCCUGAUGGGCAGCUCCAAGGACUUGGCCAAGCAUAUUCGAGUGGUGUGUGACGGAACGGACCUGACCCCCAAGAUUCAAGACCUGAAACCCCAAUGCAUCGUUUUCCUGAACAUCCCCAGGUACUGUGCAGGCACCAUGCCCUGGGGCCACCCUGGGGAGCACCACGACUUCGAACCCCAGCGGCACGAUGAUGGCUACCUCGAGGUCAUUGGUUUCACCAUGACAUCUCUGGCAGCGCUGCAGGUGGGCGGGCAUGGUGAGCGGCUGACGCAGUGCCGAGAGGUGCUGCUCACCACGGCCAAGGCUAUCCCAGUGCAGGUAGACGGUGAACCCUGUAAGCUUGCAGCCUCACGCAUUCGAAUUGCCUUGCGCAACCAGGCCACCAUGGUGCAGAAGGCCAAGCGACGGAGUGCUGCCCCCCUGCACAGCGACCAGCAGCCAGUUCCUGAGCAGCUGCGGAUCCAGGUGAGCAGGGUCAGCAUGCAUGACUACGAGGCCCUGCACUAUGACAAGGAGCAGCUCAAGGAGGCCUCUGUGCCACUGGGCACCGUAGUGGUGCCUGGAGACAGUGACCUAGAGCUCUGCCGUGCCCACAUCGAGAGGCUCCAGCAGGAGCCCGAUGGUUCUGGAGCCAAGUCCCCAACAUGCCAGAAGCUAUCCCCUAAGUGGUGUUUCCUAGAUGCAACCACUGCCAGCCGCUUCUACAGGAUUGACCGGGCCCAGGAGCAUCUCAACUAUGUGACCGAGAUCGCACAAGACGAGAUUUAUAUCCUGGACCCUGAGCUGCUGGGGGCAUCAGCCCGGCCUGACCUCCCCACCCCUAUUUCCCCUCUCCCUGCCUCCCCGUGUUCCCCCAUGCCCCGGUCACUGCAGGGGGAUACUGUGAGCCCUCAAGGUGAGGAGCUGAUUGAGGCCGCCAAGAGGAACGACUUCUGUAAGCUCCAGGAGUUGCAUCGAGCAGGAGGUGACCUCAUGCACCGGGACCAACAGAGCCGGACACUCCUGCAUCAUGCAGUCAGCACCGGCAGUAAGGAAGUAGUCCGCUAUCUGCUGGACCAUGCUCCCCCAGAGAUCCUUGAUGCUGUGGAGGAGAAUGGGGAGACCUGUCUACACCAGGCAGCAGCCCUGGGCCAGCGUACCAUCUGCCACUACAUUGUGGAAGCCGGGGCCUCACUCAUGAAGACAGACCAACAGGGUGACACUCCCCGGCAGCGGGCUGAGAAGGCUCAGGACACAGAACUGGCCGCCUACCUGGAGAACCGACAGCACUACCAGAUGAUCCAGCGGGAGGACCAGGAGACAGCUGUGUAGUUGGGAGGCUGGUGGGGCAGCUGGAGGGACAACUAUCAGAGGAUGAAAGCCCUCCUGCCUGCCUCACUGCUACAUUCCAGUUGGAUGGCCACGGGGGGAACCCAUGUCUUGGGGAAGGAGCCCCGUACCUGCCCCCUGAGGAGCCGCCCAGACCUAGGGCUGGACUCUGAGGAACUGGGCUCUCACCUAUCCCCCUAAGGCCCUGACCUGACCCAGAGGCUCACAGGGGGAUAGGAAACAGGCUGGGUUGGACAGGCCUUUGGAUAGGAUUGGGGCUGGGCGGCUUCAGGGAAGCCGGAGCCUCACCUGGGCUAGAUGGAGGAGCAGAACAGAAGGUUGGGUUCUGUCAGGGAGGCCUCCAGGAAGAGGCCCCGCAAGCCACCUGGUCCCCAAGGCCCGCCCAAGGCUCCUGGGAGCUUAGCUUCUCUCCUCCCCAACUCACCCUCUCCGGGCCUCCUCCUGGAACCUCGGAGCCUGCUGUAUUCAUCUGCCCGCUGCCCUACCUGGCACCUACCCUGGUGACCCUCUCCAUGUACCCAGUCAUUUCAUCACAGACUGUGUGGCCUGGGGGUUGGGGGCGGGACUCUCACGGUGACAUGUUUACAGCUGGGUGUGACUCAGUAAAGUGGAUUAUUUUUUUC